AUGAAAAAAGUGCAAAAAAUUUUCGAUCGACGUAAGCCUAAGAACACGAAAGAUGGGGAUUCGGUGACCCGCUCUUCUGAGGACAGUAGUUAUACGAGUACACAAAUCGAGGACGGACUUGAAGUAAAUGAAGAUAAACCUCCUUUCUCUCCCGGAAAUAGUACGGAAUCUUCUCCCGAGCCACUGGAAGUGUUUCCAUCGUCAGAAGAUGAAAAUAGCGAUUAUUUUAUUCAUCAUCGGGAAACAAAUCGUCGGCGAAAAACUCGAGAAAUGAAACAGAAUAAAACAUCGAGUACUGUCAUUCGGAACCACAACGGUGAUCAAGAAGGAGCGUGUGGACCUCUUGUUGCGGACUACAAGAAUGGAAAACAAGUUGUGCCGUACUGUAAGGUAUCCGAUAACGUGUGCCAAAGUGUUGUAUUAACGUCAUGUGGAGAAUUAGAAAAGACUUGUUUGCAUCUUCCAUUGGAACUUCAGGCGAAAAUAUCGGUAAUCAAAGAGAAUUUGUUGCGUGAAUAUCCACCAUUUUAUGAUUUUUGUAUAAUAGCUAGUGAUAACGAUUAUGAUGAAGCUGUUCGGUUUAAAAACUAUGUGGCCUCAACAUUUGGAUUAGCUGGAUGCACUUUGGAUGAUGGUUUUAUAUCAUUAGGUGCUGACUUGUUUGAUAGUUACAAAAUGAUGAUGGACCAGAGUACAAAAGUUUUCUUUUUUGUCACAGAAAAUUUUACCAGCAGUGCCUUCUGUAAAAGACUACAAAGUGGUGCUGUGUUUCUUAGCCUAAUGUCAAAAGCACAAAAAGAUAAAGAAAAAUGUGUUCCUGUAUUUCCUCAUGGAUUUUGCAUGGCUCCUUUGGCUUUAUCAGGAAUUGCAGGCCUUAAUCCAACUCAACGUGAUGUGACACGGCGUAGUCUUGACAAUACAUAUUCAGUUAUUGUGAGGCAGCGACGACUUGUUUCAGAUCGGGAACAUUUUAAAAAAAGAUGUCUUCAGUUCCAUGUAGAAGUUACCAAAUGUAUAGAAGAAGCAAAAUUUGCGACAAAUGACAUAAAUUCUGUGCAAAAUAACCCUUCUGUAAUGAAUUUGCCUGAUAAUACCAAAAGAGAAAAUGUUCUUGCAAGUAAAGCCCCUCCUACACCUGUCAUUCAAAUGCCAGAAAAUGAUGAGCUUUGUAGAAAGACCUUAGAUCAGUGUCAUAUAGUUGAAUCUCAUUGUGAUUUAAAAUCAGUUGAGAAAGUGAAGAAUGGAAGUAAAAAAGUUGAAUCUAAUAGGCCAGAGCCCACUCUUGCGGAAAAAAAAGUUUCUGUUGAAAACGAGACUAAAGAAGCAAAAAAUAUUGAAAAUGGUGAUGAUUUUGAUGAUGAUUUUUUGAAAACAUUACCUGAUGAAGUUCGUGACGCCAUGCAUAAUUCAAUGCCAGGAAUUUCUGUUAAUGAUUGUGCUACCGUGCAUAUUGGCAACACUAUUCAAAUUUUUAUAAAUCCAAAUUCAUCAACUGACUUCUCCAAUCUGGAGCACCACAUAAAUACCAAGACCACAGCCUUUUCUGGAAAGGAAACAUCAGAAAAUCAUUCUGAUAGCAGUGACUGA